GACGUCUACGUGGCCAUGCCGGUGACGCUCGUCGCAGCGGCAGUGGCACUUACGUGCCGGCUGGUGGCUCGGAGAACGACUAGGGUCCCGUUUUGGUACGACGACUAUCUCUCUAUUGUAGCUUUUGUGAACAUACACCGACCAGUCGAAACAACUUUUCGUGAUACUAAGCUGUUCCUCUUCAUGCUACAGAUAUUUUACGCCUACUCCCUAGGCUUCUCCAAACUUUCCAUCCUGUCACUUUACUGGCGGCUGUUCAAUCUCUUCAGUAUUAGGACGCCCAUACUCGUUCUGAUGGCAUGCACGUUGCUGUGGUUACUCUGCCGGACCUUUCUCGGGGUUUUUCACUGCUGGCCUGUCCAGGCUUUUUGGGAGCCCUCGAUACCGAAUUCGAAGUGCCCCAUUGACGACGCCAAGUUCAUGUUCUGGACAGUAUUGGUUCAUGUCUGCCUCGAUGUCUCGAUAUUUGCGCUGCCGGCGGUGCAAAUACGGCAGUUGCACAUGUUGCGGACUUCUCAGAAGAUUGCCGUGUGUUCUAUGUUCGCAUCGGGUGCUUUCGUCUGCAUCGUCUCGAUAGUCAACGUGACCCAACUGGGUGUCUUUCUUAACGACAGCAACUCUGCAGAAGUGCUGUACACCACCGCGCCGCCAGCCUUAUGGGGUGCCAUCGAAGUUAACAUGGCGAUUGUUGCAAUUUGUCUGCCGCUAUUACGUCCAAUUAUCACCAAG